AUGUCGACCUUCAAUGGAGUUGUGGAAGAAUUCCCUGACAUUCAGAUUGACUACUUUCGCAAGAGCGAUGAUCGAUCUCCACCACUCGCUUGCUUUCUGACCCAUGUGCACACGGAUCAUCUGCAAGGUCUGGAGUCUUUCCGAGCGCCGUUCAUCUAUUGCUCGCGCGUCACUCGCGAGGUCCUGCUCCGGCUGGAGAAGUUUCCAUCUCGCGUCAACUUCGCGAAAGGAAUUAUCGAGUCGCGCCGAGUGCACUACCAUCAUCUCACAACGCUACUGCGUCCGAUCCCGUUGAAUACCCCCACGGUGAUUGAGCUGAGCCCCGUCAAAAGUAUUCGGGUGACUCUGAUCGAUGCCAAUCACUGUCCGGGCAGUGUAAUGUUCCUGGUCGAGGGUGGUGGCAAGACAAUCUUGUACACCGGUGAUAUCAGAGCGGAGAAAUGGUGGGUUGACAGCAUCGUGCGGAACCCUUUCUUGGUCCCCUGGACGUUGGGUGGCCGGCAGCUCGAUAAAAUUUACCUCGACACGACCUACCUCGGUCCCAUCGGCCUACCGCUCGGCAAUUUUCUUCCCAAGGCUGAGGCUAUCGCGGAUUUGUUGAAGACCAUCCAGACUUAUCCGCCAGAAACCGUCUUCCAUCUCGAGGCCUGGACAUUUGGCUACGAGGAAGCAUGGCUCGCGCUUGCUGCGGCUCUCGAGACGGAGGUUCACGCUGAUCUGUAUCAGCGGUGCAUCUACCAGGUUCUGACUUGCGCAAAACUCGAUGAGGGGGCGCCUAUCGGUGGAUUCAGGCUGGGUAACGAGCUUCACCCCGGAUACCUUGUUCAGAACUAUAGCCAGGGCCGUAUCCACGUCUGUGUGCCUCCUUGCCCCACUGCCAUGAAGCCAGGCGUGGUUUCGAUUAGACCCGUGCUCAAGCGGCAGGAAGAUGAACACGACUACUCGAUUCCCGACGUGGGUGCAGGGGGUGGUGCCGGGGAUGUGCAGGUGCAGUACGUGGUUGAGCUUCCGGAGGGAUUAGAUCCCCUCGCAUUUGUGGAAGGCUGCCUCGGUCGUCUCAAUGAUCUCGGUGGUCGCUUCCAGGGAAUGACCGAAGAGGCCAGGGAUAAGAUCAAGAGCAGGCUUCUCGAGGAAAUUGGGGUCAAUAAAGGAAAGAUUACCCUCAACAAAUUCGGUGUCUUUCUUGACGAUGAGGAAGAGACACUGGCCCUCUGGGAGCUCGGCGACCUUCUUAUCGAGCGUGUCCAUGAAUACGAGACCAAGAAGCUCAAGGCCAACAUGGGGAUGAAUCCGUCAAGUGGCAUGCCCGAGCGUCGAGUCAUUCAAUUCCCUUACGCAAGACACUCAUCCUACUCGGAGCUCUGUGACUUGUUGGGGGUCUUCAUGCCACGAGCCAUCCAUGCGUGCGUGGUUGAAACGUGGGAGUCGUGGCAAAGCGACGACCUUGUUCACAAAUUCUUCGGCUUCCUGCUGGAGAAUGAGGAGCUUCGUGCUCUCCCCUUUGAAGCCCGGAGAGCCCAGAUGGCGGUGCUGCGACAGGAUUGGGCUGCGGAACAGGCUGCCGAGGAAGAAGAACGUCUGCGGAGCCACUCGAUGCCCGAUUCCCCUUUGGAGUUCCUCAGCAACUCUACCUCCUCCGACAACAGUGAAGCGACUCACGACGACAAGCCCGAGUCAGUUCAUGACAACCAGCCUCCCGUCUCUGGUAGAAACGCUUCCGAGGUUUCUCCUGCUGCGUCCCCGGUCGAAGAGAUGGACACGGACCCACGUCAGCCCGAUGAGCAUCCCGCCUGCCCGCCAAGUGCUGAAGAAAUGCUCGGGGAAAUUGAGCGGGCCCACUCUUUUCUGGAUGACCAGGAUGACGUCGACUUGGAACUGGGUCCUCUUACUCGCACCCUGGGUCUCGACGGGACAUUCGAGUCCAAGGUCCCCGAGCUCAAGGCCAAGGAGAGCAAGAGCGCGGAGGAAGAUGAGGAUGAAGAGGAUGAAGAGGAGGAGGAGGAGGAUGAUGAAGAAGCCUCUUCCGAGAACAACACUCCGCCUUUGCCCACUCGCCACGAGUCUGCUCGGGCUGCAAGACCCGCCGAGGUUGUUUCCGCUUCGUUGACUGCGGCUGGCCAGGGCAGCCAAAUGUCAGUCUCCGAGUCCCGGGCCCUGUCCCUGCCGUCGACGGGCUCGUGGCGGCUCACCCAAGAACGCCUCCAAAUGCUCAACCUCAUCCGUGGGGUGGAGGUGCCCGCUUCUCAGCGACGACACGCCCGUGUAGCGGCGUACGUUGCUGCCUGUGCGGACCACUAUGAAGAGUGGGCCGCCAUCCUUCCUACCUCGGUUCGGGGGCAUGAGGGAGAGGAGGAGGAGGAGCUGCUGUGA